GAGAGGAAGAAGUAGAAGAAGUGACGUCUCAAAGUCAGCUGACCUUCGCGUUUCCUGUGAAUCAUUCUGACUCUGAGACGUAGCUGUUAGCAACCGCUCGCUCGAGUUUUAGUCACCUGAGAUUGAUAAAGAAGACAUUACAGGGUAAAGAUCAAGACGUGUUUGUUUCCUGAAAGAUGGCCGACACAGAGCAACAAAACCCCCCUCCUCCCCCUCCUCCACAGACUGGACCUGCACAAUUCCUGUUGAAUAACAAGCUGGAGACGGCCAUGUGGCUCUCGCGUCUCUUCACGGUCUACUGCUCUAUAAUGUUCAUCCUUCCUUUGCUUGGACCAAUAGCAGCAGCUAACUUCUACCAGAGAGCUCUCUUGGCCAAUGCUUUGACCAGCGCUCUGCGUCUGCACCAGAGACUUCCUCACUUCCAGCUGAGCCGAGCCUUUCUUUCGCAGGCAUUACAGGAGGACAGCUGCCAUUACCUCCUCUACUCGCUCAUCCUGGUCAACUCCUACCCUAUCACCAUGAGCAUAUUCCCAGUGUUCCUCUUCUCACUGCUCCAUGCCACCACAUACACUAAGAAGGUUCUCGAUACAAUCGGACCGGACAGUCUGAUGUUCGUACGGAACUUUCUGAACAAGCUCACAGCAAAUCAGCAGAACAUUCUCAAGUUCAUCGCCUGCAAUGAGAUCUUCCUGAUGCCAGCUACGGUCUUCAUGCUUUUCAGCGGGCAGGGCAGCCUGCUGCAACCGUUUAUUUAUUACCGCUUCCUGACUUUGCGUUAUGCCUCCAGGCGAAACCCUUAUUGUCGGACCCUGUUCACAGAGCUGCGGAUUCUCUUGGAGCACUUUGUGAUGAAACCUGCCUGUCCGGCCUUCUUUAGGAGAAUGUGCCUCAAUAGCAUUGCCUUCAUUAGCCGUCUGGCCCCUACAGGAGUCUAACUACACUGUGUAUCAACACACACUCCGGCACGGCCUCACACACGGCCUCACACACACACACACACACACACACACACUCACACUCUCAUUUAAGCUUUCUACAACAUGUCUAGCUGGGAGAAAGUUGCUCCAAUGUAGGUUUCUAAGCAGGAGGAUGAUGAUUCUGAGUGCUGGCCCUCGGUGUCCUGCUGAUUUCGUCUUCUGCAUGGAAAACGGUCGCUAUUUUGGAGAACCUCCACCGAUCUGAAAAGGCUGACAGAAAAAGAGCAGCAAACACUAUACACUCUGUGUUUUUGUAAAAUCUCAACAGCUCUUUGGUCAGUUCUUUUGAAGGAUUAUUUAUAAAUUACUACUAAGUAUGGAUGCUUUUCUUAUGGGAGUGGAUGGAACACAAAUAAUUUAAGCUUAACUUAGAGUAAAUAAUUGCUAGAUAUAUAUAUUGUUUAUUAGCACUUCCUCUGCAGGGAAAAGAGAUUUUGAUCUGUAAUUACAUGUGCGUUACAUUGUUUUCAUGGUCUUAUGUUAACAUUUUUUUUUAUGACUAGUACAGCUGGAUUAUCUUAAUCAGAAUGUACCCUGUUGGUUAAUUUUAGCAGUAGGAAAGAAAAUCAAACACUUUGGCUUUUUUUUUUAAUUGUUACCAAAAUUAAAACAUUUAAUGAUUACAUCAUAAACUCCCUUAUUAAAAUGCUGCCUCGAAUGAAUUUCUUUUUUAGCGUAAAAGCAUUUUCUCUGAGGCAACCCUAAACUUUUUUUAGUUCUAUUUAUUAACUUGUUUAACAAAGUUUGUGUGAAUGAAAUAAAAUUAAUUCAGUCCCAGUAGGAUUUUUACUCUGAAUGCACCACUUGGCUACAAGUUGUGAAGAAAAGUGGGUUUUGAUUCAUGUAAAAGUGAAACCUGCUGUGGCUAUACAUAAUUUUUACUGUUUUUUUUUUUUCUAUUUUGUUUCUUUUAAAAUGUGUUUUUUUCAGAUUAAAUAUGGAUUAGAAAUACAAUUGUCAAGGAAAAAGCUGAAAUUGAAUCAAUGUGGUUUCAAGGCCAAUAAUUUACAGGUGAAAUAUUAAAAAUCACAAUUGUUGGAGUA